GCUUGUAACGGGUGGUGUUUGCUGAUGAUUUGAGAGGAGGGACACGAAUCCAUUUAUAAAGUAAAAAUGUGUUGGUUAGCGGUUGUAGACGCGCCAACCUCCCAAGUAUAUAAAGAGGAACACUCAUACUCUCUGCCCAAGACAAGCUCUCUAACUCUUAAGCCUUCGAUAAUCACAAUCAUUCCUUGCCUUGAAUCUUGUUCCUGUUUGGUUGCCGAGAAAAGCUGGUAAAAGAAAAGAAUCUAGUAUUCUCCUGACAAGAACUCCGCAUUCAUUUUAUUUAUUUAUUUAUUUAUUUCUAUUUGCUCUGAGUUACCAAACAGUGCGACAGAGAGCUGAAGCUGAAUGGUGUUUUGUUCAUAUCUAUGUUAGUGUUGGUCUGUGCCUUUAAUGGCGGUGAAUUCAAAAAAGUGGGAAAUUAGUCCUGAAAGAAGCAAGGUCUGGAAGGAGCCGAAGCCGAUGGAAAGAAAAGCUGCCGUCGUUUACUAUCUUUGUCGGAACGGCCAGCUGGAGCACCCUCAUUUCAUGGAGAUUCCGAUCUCAUCUCCACAGGGACUGUUUCUCAGAGAUGUUGUAGAGAGAUUGAAUUCUCUCAGGGGCCAAGGCAUGGCGAGCAUGUACUCGUGGUCUUCGAAACGGAGCUAUAGGAAUGGAUUUGUCUGGCACGAUUUGACCGAAAACGACUUUAUAUACCCGACUCAGGGCCAUGAAUACGUACUCAAAGGAACGGAACUUCUUCAAACUUCCUUGAGCUUCGGAUACUACGAAAAAAUAUCAUCGGAAAACAAACCGGAGACAAACAACUCCGGCGACGAUUGCAAUUUUCCGUUCAUCAUUAGGAAGCGAAACCAGUCAUGGGGCUCGUUCAAUCCUCGCGAAUACAAAGUCUACAAGGACGAUCCGGCGACAGAACAUGCCGGGAAAGCGAUGGACGCGGCGACGCAAACCGAAGAUAAACGAAGACGAAGAAGAACAGCCAUAGAAGAAGGGGAAGAAGCAGAGUAUGGACAUUCCACGUCCACCACGGAACUCAGCAGAGAAGAGAUUUCGCCACCACUUUCGAAUACGAGUUCGGAGGAAGCUCCGGUGGGCCAAUCAAGUGUCGCUGCGCCGUCAGCGGAUAUUCGGAAUCAAGCGGCUGAGAAUGAUCGUCCGAGCGGGAGGAUGAAGGCUAGUGCGGUUCUGAAGCACCUGAUCAGGUGCGGGUCGGUGUCUGUCAAAGAUCAAGCAUCAACGGCGAGGAAUGGCGGAGGGUGUGGGAUGAAUUUGGAGCUGCAGCGCGAUGCAGGGGAUUCGCUGGGCUCCAGUGGAAAGGGCGAGCUGAGGGCGCUCUUGGAUAUCACGCGCCUCCGCUAGUACGUCCUCAUGUGUUUCUUUCUGAAGUUUGUCGAAUCUACUUAACGCGUGUUAUAUAAUUUCGCAAAAUUUAAAAAUAAAAAAUAAAAAUAAAAAAAUAAAAAAUAUAUAUUUAUAAAUAAUAAUAAAUAAAAAAAGAGAAAUAAAAAAAAUGAAAAAUGAAAAAUAUUACUUAUUAAUGUUGAAUAUCUUUCAUUAAUCAUAGUGUUUGUACUUUGUACUUGUGAUAAAUAUUACGUUUUUAAUGAUACGUAAGAAUGAAGCAUAUUCAUACUUGAUAAA